AUGGUGGCUUUGAAAAUAAUUCGGUCCAACGACAUGAUGAAGAAAGCGGCAGAGAAAGAAGUUGAAAUCCUCCAGACAUUGAACAAUGCCGACAAGGCCAACAAGAGGCACAUCAUCAGGCUUAUCGAAACCUUUUACUACCGAAAGCACAUCUUUCUGGUCUUCGAGUGCAUGGCUGAAGACCUCCGUGGGGCGCUGAAGAAGUACACCAAGAACCGGGGCAUGUCCCUGCCGGCGGUGAAAGCAUACACCAAGCAGCUCCUCAUCGGAGUCCGGCACAUGCACAAGUUCAACAUCGUCCAUGCUGACUUGAAGCCUGACAAUAUCCUGAUUAGCCCAGACAACAACAUUGUAAAGCUUUGCGAUUUCGGCACUGCCAUCGAGCAGAAGGACAUCUCCGUUUCGCCGUAUUUGAUGAGCCGCUUCUAUCGGCCUGCAGAGGUGAUCCUGGGCUGCGAGUACGGGGUGUCCGUGGAUGUUUGGGCACUCGCUUGCACGCUUUUUGAGAUCUUCACGGGGAAGACUUUGCUGCAGGGGAAGACAAACAAUGAUAUGCUGAAGCGGAUCAUGGACCUGAAGGGUAAGAUCCCAAAGAACGUCAUCAAGAAGGGCGCCGUAUGGAAGAACCACUUCGAUGAGAACCUGGAUUUCAAGUUCGUCGACAAAGACUCCAUGACUGGGGAAGAGAUCACCCGCGUCAUCACCGACAACAACGCGAAGCGAGAUCUGAAGGAGUUCCUCCUGGACCGCGUGGGCCCGGAGAAGCAGAAGUCGCAAGAGAGAGAGGACCAGCAGUACGUAAAGAAAACGGUUCACUUCGCAGACCUUCUGGAUAAGAUGCUUGCCCUUGACCCUGACAAGCGUCUAACAGCGGACGAUGCGCUGAAGCACCACUUCAUAGAGGACCCCAAGGCCUUGAAAGGGGGGGCCGGGACGCCAGGCAAGCGAUAG